GCGUUUUAGAAUCACCCUGACCGCAGCGACAUUACAAUGGCUGUGUACGAUCUGUGUAUCGUUGGGGCGGGUAUGAUAGGAUCUGCUGCGGCCCGGCAUGCUUCAGCAAAUUCAAAUGUAAAAGUAUGUCUUAUUGGUCCGCAGGAACCAAAAGUUAGAGAAGCGAAUAGCGGGAACGAAGUCUUCGGAACACAUUAUGAUGAGGGAAGAAUUGCAAGGGCGACGGCAACAAAUCCAUUGUGGGCAAAUUUGGCCAAACUGUCUGAAGAAAGAUACCGAGAACUGGAGAAUCUUUCGGGAAUUCGUUUCUAUCAUGAAGUUGGGGCACUGACUGUUGGUACAAAAACUGGCCGAUUUAUUGAACAGACAAAAUCAUCAAUCAAAGAUUACAGCAAUGUCGAAAUGCUUGGAAAUGAAGAACUUGAGUCCAAAUUCCCAUACCUUAAUUUCGCAGACAGCGAUGAAGGAAUUUUUGAAAAGAGACAUGCUGGCUACAUAAACCCAAGAAAAAUGGUAAUGGCGCAAAUUGUAGUCGCAAGCAACCAAGGAUGUGACGUCAUUCGUGAUAUCGUGCUAAAUAUUGAAAACUUUGAAAUGGGAUAUAAACUAUUGAGCGAACGAGGGAAAAUUAUAUGGACAAAAAAGGUUUUGUUAGCGACCAAUGCUUUCACGGGAUUACACAAACUUUUAAAGAAUCCCGUAUCAUAUCAGUCCAUGCCACAGACAGUUACACUUGCCUCUGUCAGCGAAAAUACUGCCAAAAGCCUGGGCAAUAUGCCGAUCGUCAUGUACGAAGGCGAGGGCGGCAGAUCGUGGUCUAAAUCUUAUCCUAGAGGAUCUGGUGGGACCAUUCACUUCUAUUUAUUGCCUCCGAUAAAAUAUCCAGAUGGAAAGUAUUACGUCAAGAUUGGACACUCGGAUGAAAUUUUGAAAGGCAGCCUCGAAUUGACAGAUGUCAGAAAAUGGUACUGUGGAAGUGGGGAUGAUGAACUGGAGCGAGAGCUGUACACAUUGGUAGAAACAGUAUUCAAUGGUAUCCAAUUUGAAAGCCAUUAUGGUGACGCAUGUGUAACCAUGGUGACGCCAGGGAAACAGCCUUACGUAGACCACAUAUCUUCUACUCUAGCUGUAGCUCUCGGUGGAAACGGAUAUGCCGCAAAAUCAAGCGAUGAAAUUGGCAGAAUUGCUGCUGAUCUUAUAAUCAAGUCAAAGUGGACGUGCGACAUGCCGAGGGAAAAUUUCAAAGUGAAAUUCUGUAACAAAUCUAAACUUUAAUGCAUGUCUUAAACAUGUUUAAUUUUUGGUGUUCUUGUGGUUCAGUACCCAAAGUCAACCUAUUGAUUGAAUAACAUAUCAUAAUGAGUAUAACUUGUACACUGGGCAAAGAUGCUAACAAUCCGUUAGAAAAUUUGUGUAUAUUUUUUUCAAAGGUAUAUCUUACCUUUUAUGAUCAAUUAACUUCAUAAAUAGAUCAAAUUUGAACACCAAAUAUCGCAAAGGUAUAACCAUUUUAUAGAAAUGCAACAAAUUAUGCUCACGAUAUUUUUUCGAAAUAGCAACACUUUUACGUUUCUGUAUACGCCUGAAAUGCGACGCAUAGCCACAGAAGACCGUGAUACUGAUGGCUGAUGUGAUGUGUCAGUGGAUUGUUCCUUUUGUGAAGUUACGAAUUGUUAUGAUAAAUUGGUGCUUAAUUUUGCAAUGAAUUUAAAAGAUGCACAUAAGCUAAAUGGAAUAUAAAGUUAUCGAGAGAAUACCUCCAAUGGGAGUAAGUUUCAUGUUGAUGCAAAUAGAAGAGUGGACACUAAGUGCAGCAGACGGCAAGCCUAUCAUAUCAUUGACUCAUUUGCAGAACAGGCCAAAAUGUUGCUACGUGGCUACACACAAACUGUUCGCAAUCGGCUGGAAGAAGUUGCGAAUUUUUACCUGUGCAGGGCGCGAAGCUCAGGUCGUAUCAACUGAGGCUUCUUUAUCGUGUUGACUGAUUCCGUGACACCCGUCGUGAUAUGCCUUUUAGCACUAUCAGCACUCGGUGUUGGCAUACUAUGAAACCUGGCCUGGCCCCAUUGGCUUGGCCUGGCCUCAAAUUUGGCCUCUAAAAUUUUUUUUGGCCUUAACCAAAAAAAAAAAAAUUAUUCAAAAUUUUUAUUGAAUUCAAUGAUUUAUCAUUGGUUUUAGUUUUUCAAAGUCAAGGCAGAUAAAUGAUAUGUUUCUGUUGUUUUGUAAAUGUGCACUUUAAAAUAAUCAUGAACUACCACUAAUCUGAUUGGUUUUAUUUAAUAUCUAUUGAUCGGUUUAUUGAAUAAAUCAUUUUCUUUUCCCUUCAUAUCUGUAUAUACUGGUACACACCAAAACAGAUUGCACAACUAAUGAAACAAUUGGCAUAAUGAUUUCAUUGAUUUAUUAUUGGUUUUAGUUUUUCAAAGUUGUAGAAAUGAAAUGAUAUACAUGUAUGUACAUUAAAAUAAACAUGAACUUCUACCAAUCUGAUUGAUUUUAUUGAUUAUCUAUUGAUUAGUUUAUUAACAAAAUUAUUUGCUUUUCCUUUCCUAACUUAUGUACUACAUGUAAUACACCAAAACGUAUAUUGGUGAAAUGAUUGAUUUAUUGAUAUUUUUUGUAUUCAAUAAAAUUCAAUUUGAUGUCAAUUUACAUAUUAUAAAAGUGUUACAAUUGUGUUGUCAUUAUAAUGAAUUCGAUUUUAAGAGCAGCGCACAUUCAGAACAGAGCAUGUGGUCUUAAUGUUUUCAAUGUGCAGAUGCCACGCAUUUAGUGUUACUUGUUUAAUUUCCAAAGCAUGAUAAAUGACAUUUUUAAAACAUCAAAAUAAGCACAGUGAAAUGUUUGCUAGCAUAAUGAUAAUAGCCAAUAAACUAAGGAUUUUAGAUUUGUAUUUUAGUGUUCAUUUAUCUAUACUUUACGUAGAAUGAACUAUGUAGAUUAAAACGGAUAUGAUGUAUUAUGAA